CGAUUCAGUGCGGCUAGAUCCUUCUCGGCAUCAAGCGGGACGCGAGAUAUAUUAACGAUAGUCAUCGGACAGUGCAAGAGUGGAAAAAACUGGAAGUGAACCUCGUAGUGCAGUGCGCGAGUGGUUUUUCAACGAGCGAUCAGAUCCGCCGAUUGCAUUCUGAGCUCCCACAGUGCACCGAACGCUACCGAUUUCAAGUUCCAGUGCAAAAGAGGGAGCCGGGGAACCCUUGGAUCGGAUUUAUCUCUCAACAAACAAUGUGAAGGCAAAGUCUGAACCCCACAACUCCGAAUUUGAUCAGGAUGAAGGAUAGUAGUUCCCAGUAUACGACGUGAAACCACGACACACUUAACAAUUUUCUGAGGGAAUGAUUCUUACGAUAAGAUAAUUGAAAAAAAAAAAUGCGAACGGAUAACAACGCGUAUUUUACGUUAUUAUCGCACAGAAAAUCCACGACGAAAUCAUACCAGCACAAAAUUAAAUCCAGCUAAGAAUAUUACGACUAAUGAAAUUACGAUUCAUCCGCGACCCUCGCAACUAAGGGAAGAAAAGAAAGUAAAAUGGCCUCCUUCGUUUCACUGGUCGUUGCCACCUUCCUUCUAUCCAUGAUAGACUUCGCCCAACCAAUUCUCGAAGGGCCGAACGUCUGUACGCGGCAAGAAUCAUACACAACGACUGUUACGAUAUCGGAAAACAAAGCGUACAAAGUCCGGGAGUACUCGUGGUGCUUCAGCUUUCCCAAAUUCAGGUGCACCAAGUACAAGCUCAACUUUAAACCCGUAUACAGGACGCAGACGCUGGUUAAACAACGGCCGGUCGACGAAUGCUGCAACGGAUACACGAAGAGCAACAAGGAUCGAUGCAUACCGGUAUGUUCCGAAGAUUGUAUUCACGGCACUUGCGUUGCUCCGGACGAGUGCAAAUGCGAGUCCGGCUAUGGUGGACCCUCCUGUAAUAUUACCUGUCCGACCGGCUACUGGGGUCGGCAUUGCCAAGACGAGUGCAUGUGCCGUAAUGGCGGUAGCUGCGACCCUUUUAAUGGAAAAUGCAAGUGCACUAGGGGCUGGAAGGGUGAAAACUGUGAUCAGAAAUGUCCGCCUGAUCGUUACGGACUGGAUUGUGGCGAGGAAUGUCGGUGUCAAAACGGUGGCAACUGUCACCACAUUUCCGGCGAGUGCCUCUGCGCCCCAGGAUUCACAGGACCUCUGUGCGAUUUUCCGUGCCCAGAAGGUAAACACGGCUACGAAUGCAAAUCGAACUGCAGUUGCCAAAACGGCGGAUCUUGCAGUCCGACAAAUGGCGAAUGUUUCUGCACGCCAGGAUGGACGGGAUCCGUAUGCGCUAAUCGUUGUCCCGAUGGCCAAUGGGGAAACAAUUGUUCGUCUUCCUGCGAUUGCUACAACGGAGCAUCGUGUCAUCACAUAACUGGCGAAUGUCAAUGCAAACCUGGUUUUCUUGGAGAGAAGUGCGUGGAGAGCUGCCCCAACGGCAAAUACGGCCUUAACUGCAUAGGCAACUGCAGCUGUGAAAAUGGGGCGACUUGUUCGGCGAUCGAUGGAUCAUGCCACUGCCAAAACGGGUGGAAAGGUGAGCUUUGCGAGGAGCGAGCUUGUCCAGACAAUUUAUGGGGUCCAGAUUGCAAGAACAGUUGCGUAUGCGAAGAACAAAACACCGAGCUCUGCCAUCCUUGGACCGGAAGCUGCAUUUGCCACGCCGGUUGGGACGGCGAGAUCUGCUCUCACACUUGCCCGAUUUACACCUUUGGCAAGGGAUGCCAGCAGCAGUGCAAAUGCGAAAACAGCGCCCAGUGUUCACCUUUUAACGGCACUUGCGCAUGCGCAGCGGGAUUCAAAGGUAAACACUGCAACGAACCCUGUCCCGAAGGUAGAUUUGGCGAAGAUUGCGCCCAGAAGUGCAACUGCCAUAACGGAGCCACUUGUUCGCCGGAAAACGGACGAUGCAACUGCGCAGCAGGAUGGAAUGGUAUCCUGUGCGAUCGUCCGUGUCCCGACAAGCUUUACGGUAAGGAUUGCAAGGAGAGUUGCAAAUGCUUGAACAACGCUGCCUGCAAUUCGCAAAACGGCACAUGCACAUGUGCGGCUGGUUUCACCGGGAAUUUCUGCGAGGAAAAAUGUCCCAACGGAUACUUUGGUCACGAUUGUAACCAGAUCUGCGACUGCGACGAUGAUAACAGCUUAGGCUGCGAUCCGGCGACCGGAAGAUGCAUGUGCAAACCCGAAUGGAAAGGAAUAAGGUGCGAGACGCAAUGUCCGGCUGGUCAAUUCGGCGACGACUGUCACUCCGAGUGUAACUGCAUGAACAAUAGCUCUUGCGAUCCAGAAACAGGGGCUUGCGUUUGCGCCCGAGGUUGGGAGGGUCCCAAUUGCUCGGAUCCUUGCAAGGAGGGCUUUUACGGCGUUGGCUGUAAGGAAAAAUGCCCAGAGAAAGUUAACGGCAACAUGACAUGCGAUCACGUCACUGGACAAUACGUGUGCAGACCUGGCUACCUUGGAAUAACUUGCGAACAUCCUUGCCCUCUGCAUAGAUACGGUCUGAAUUGCGCCAACCAUUGUUACUGCAAGAACGGAGCUGAUUGUCACCACGUGACUGGUGUCUGCCAAUGUUUGCCGGGCUGGCAAGGACCUACUUGUCAAAUUCCCUGCACCGAUGGGAUGUACGGUGUGAAUUGCACCCAGCCUUGCAAGUGUCAGAACGAAGGCGAAUGCAGAAAAAACGAUGGUCACUGCAGAUGCGCUCCUGGAUGGACUGGGACGCAUUGCACAGAAGUAUGUCCAGAAGGAUAUUACGGCGAUCACUGCAUGGAACCGUGCGAGUGUAAGUCCGAUUCCUUCGUAUGUCACCCGAAAACUGGUUGCACUUGCAAAAAGGGUUUCAAAGGUGAAAACUGCGACGAGUUAAUGCAAGAAAGGAGCGUCCGUCCGAUAGAAGAAUCUGGAUCUGGAAGUGUCGUCGUGGGAAUUGCGAUCGCUCUAAUUUUCAUUGCGAUCAUAUUCACGAUAUGGUUGUACUAUAGAAGGAGGGUGGCUAAUUUGAAAACUGAAAUAGCUCAGGUUCAGUACAUCGCUGAACCUGUGACGACGCCUGAUCGCAAUCACUUCGAUAAUCCGGUAUACUCGUAUCGGGAUUCAAGUAGAUCUGACGACGGAACAGCAACGUUGCUGAACAAUGUGCAGAUAAAAAACGACCUAGGUACCAAAAAUAUUAACACAGAACGAGCCAAACUCGGUCCCAUAGUUGCUGGCUAUAAUACAACUAGCGAUGACGAUGGCAGCUGUAAAGAUUCCUUCGGACGUUUCCAAUACAACGGUCUCGACUCUAAGAACAAGGACGCCGACCUUGGCAACCCUAAUUUGUAUCACAGCAUCGACGAAUUAGACGCAAAGAAAGCUGCCGAGCACGUCUACGACGAAAUAAAGCAAAACAACGGUGAAAUGGAAUACGAUCAUCUCGACUACACGAGGCCGACGAGUUCAUGGAAGCCGCAUUAUCAACGAAUGGUGAACGGAUUCGGAUCCAAAGAUGGGAGUGGUCCUAGCAAAUCUAGCGAUCCGGACGUCGAAAGUGGGGAAAAAGAUUAGCUCGAGACGACGAACUUGAAGCACUUGUAUAAAAUAAUUGGUGGAAAUUGUCCGAUUGUGAUAGCAGAAACUCUCACCUCGAGAGAGAGAGUUUAACGCAAAUUAUAAAUAUAUACGCAAUAUGGAUAAAAUUUAUAAGAGCAAUGU